AUGGGUAGUUGUGGAAGAGAAGGAGCAGUAAGGCAGUAUAUAAGAUCGAAGGUACCUCGUUUAAGGUGGACGCCUGAGCUGCACCGUUGCUUUGUUCAUGCCAUUGAAAGUCUUGGUGGUCAUCACAAGGCUACCCCUAAGCUUGUUCUUCAGUUGAUGGAUGUGAAAGGGCUCACAAUUUCACACGUCAAGAGCCAUCUUCAGAUGUACAGAAGCAUGAGAGGUGACUUGGGCAGACAAGGUAGGACACCCUCCCAACAUAGAAACCAAUCUUUUGAGGAUCAUGAUGAUGGGUGUGUUGAUGAAGUGAAUGAUAUUGGUGUUGAGUACUCUUGUUCGAAACCAAUGGGAAGAGAAUCUGAUUCCUUCUUCGGCUACAGUAAUUUCCCCUCAAAAAGAGCCAGAAUCGAGACGAAGAGUUCCAUCUCAGAGAGCUGCAAUGCAGCCAAAGAUUAUCCCAUGGCUGAGCACAAAGGAAUAAAGGAGUUCUGUGAAGCUUCAAGAAUAUGGCAGACACAAACCCAUUCCUCUCUGCUACCACAUUUUCCCAACCUCACUUCAUUCAGAUCUUCUAACCAAGAAUCUGAUUUCCUUCAGGUUGCUAAAUUUAAUGAAGGAAAGACCACUUCACAGCCAAUUAAUGUACUUGAGAACACUGAGACAGCUCAUAGAGAGGUUGAAGGUGUAGGAGGGUAUGAAUUGUCAUUGUCGCUUACAUUGCCAAAUCCUUCCCCUCAGAGAAGCAAUGCUUCUUCGGCCAGUGAGAUCAGUGAAGCUAUCUCCUCGUGCCCUGGGUUUAGCAACUACAAGAAUUGCUCUAGUUCAUCCAAUGUCAAAGAAAUAAUUAAUUUAGACCUAUCUUUAGCUCUAUGUGGCAGUUGA